ACGAAAGCUCAAGGCUGGUCCUGUUUGGAAUGCACUUAGUAGAAUUGAAAUUAGUUUGGCAAGUUAGACCUCUGUAAACUGUUAACUGGAUCAGUAUGGGUUUUUAAAACAAUGCUGGUUUUUGUUUUCAACCAUAGAAAACAUUAUUGCUAUUGUUGUGCCGGUUCGCGAGUUUUGUGAACUGUAGAGACUUAAAAAGAAAAGUGUGUUUUUAGAUGAGUGUCUAACUGAAGCCCUAGUCAUUGUUUUUGGUUAAAAUGUCACAAAACAAGUCCAACAAAAGGUUUUACCGCGUGGACAGCGGACAUGACUUCAGUGUGUUUAUGGACCGAGGACAAAGGGCAGCACUUCACAACAGAUGGACCUUUGAGAUUGCGUGGGAGGUUGCUAAUAAAGUUGGAGGAAUCUACACCGUGAUCCGAUCGAAGGCCUAUGUUUCUACAGAGGAGAUGGGAGAUCAGUAUUGUCUGCUAGGACCAUACAAGGAGCAAUGCGCUAGGACAGAGGUGGAGGAACAGGAAUUCCAUGUAGGCAGUCCUCUACACACUGCAGUCUGCCGUAUGAGGGAGAGGGGCUACCAGGUACACACUGGCACCUGGUUGGUUGAUGGCAACCCUCAACUCAUCUUGUUUGACAUCGGCUCCGCAGCUUGGAAACUGGAUGAGUUCAAGCAGGAUUUGUGGGCCUCAACCAACAUUGGGAUUCCUCACCUAGACGUUGAGGCCAAUGAUGCUGUCAUUCUCGGCUUUCUAGUUGCUGAAUUCAUCGCUGAGUUCAAGAAGGCAGUGGAGGAGCUAAACGCUGGGCCACCUCGUAUAGUCACACAUUUCCACGAGUGGCAGGCUGGAGUUGGACUCAUAGCUCUGAGGACCAAGCAGAUUGCUGUGGCAACAGUGUUCACAACACACGCAACACUGCUCGGCCGAUACCUUUGUGCUGGCAACACUGACUUCUACAAUAAUCUCAGCACGUUCAAUGUUGAUGAGGAAGCAGGGAAACGGCAGAUCUAUCAUCGAUACUGCAUGGAGAGAGCCGCAUCUCAUCUCGCUCACAUCUUCACUACCGUCUCUGAGAUCACCGGAUAUGAAGCUGAACAUCUGCUCAAACGUAAGGCCGAAGUCAUCACUCCUAACGGUCUCAACGUCAUCAAGUUCUCUGCCCUUCACGAGUUCCAAAACCUUCACGCCAGGUCGAAAGAAAAGAUCCACGAAUUCGUCAGAGGACACUUUUAUGGGCAUUAUGACUUUGACCUGGAAAAGACUCUGUACUUCUUCACAGCAGGCAGAUACGAGUUUUCAAACAAAGGAGCAGACAUCUUCAUUGAAGCUCUCGCUCGUCUAAACCACUAUCUUAAGUCAUCACACCCAGAUGUUACGGUAGUCGCCUUCCUCAUCUUCCCUGCAAAGACCAACAACUUCAAUGUGGAGAGUUUACGAGGUCAUGCGGUAACCAAGAGUUUACGAGACACCAUAAACGAGAUCCAGAGCAAAAUGAGCAAGCAGAUGUACGAGAUUUGUCUAAGUGGGAGAUUGCCGAACUCGGAAGAGUUGCUAACCAAAGAGGACAAAGUGAAGGUCAAGCGAUGUCUGUACGCGCUGCAGCGCACAGGGCUACCACCCAUCACUACACACAACGUGAUAGACGACUGGGCUGAUCCUGUACUGGCUUGUAUCAGACGCUGCCAUCUGUUCAACACUGUGCACGACAGAGUCAAGGUUGUGUUUCACCCUGAGUUCUUGUCUUCCACCAACCCUCUGUUUGGACUAGACUACGAGGAGUUUGUGCGAGGUUGUCACCUGGGAGUGUUCCCCAGCUACUAUGAGCCAUGGGGCUACACCCCAGCUGAGUGUACUGUCAUGGGUAUUCCUUCCAUCACCACCAACCUCUCAGGUUUUGGAUGCUUCAUGCAGGAGCACAUUGCUGAUCCACUGUCUUACGGAAUAUACAUCGUAGACCGUCGCUUCAUUGGUCUAGAGGACUCUGUGCAGCAAUUGGCUCAAUAUAUGUACGACUUUGCUCGGCUGAACCGACGACAGCGUAUCAUUCAGCGUAACCGAACAGAACGUCUCAGUGAUUUACUAGACUGGAGAAAUCUGGGAAUCUACUACAGGCAGGCUAGACAGAAGGCUUGUCAGGUCGUGUACCCUGACUAUGUAGAUGAUGAUGAGGAAGGGAUGGGGGGUCGCACCAUGAACUACCCCCGUCCCUUCUCAGAACCUCCGAGUCCAGCUGCGUCUCGUCACACAACCCCUGCAAGCUCCCGUCAUGGUUCUGAUGAUGAGGAUGAAGUCGAUGAUGAGAAAGAGUUGGCAGAGUUGAACAUAAACAAAUGAAAGUCCAAGUGCCAAACCAUCUCCAGGGCUGGUGCAGGCUAAGUGGUUUGGUUGUGCAAUCUCUCCUUUAGUGGUGUAAACUCUAUUUUUUAUACAGUCAAUACUCUCAACAGACCAUUUUUUCAAGGAUACUAUUUAGUUUUGCCUAGCACAAACGUUUAUCUGUCCAGUGAAAGUGUUAAAACACUUUCUACACUCUACUAUUUUGGAUAUAUAUAUUUUUAAUACAGUAGUUUCAUGCCAAUUGUUGUUAUAUUUUGUCAAAAUGCCACAAAUACCACUUCACCGGUUCCUUACUGAAGUGACAAAGUGCCUUACAUAUAACGGACUAAAUUGUCAGUUCUAUAGCUUUACGUGUGUUCCUGGUGAUUAGAUUACCCAUUUUACAUUUUUCGUGAACGUAAAACUUAAAAAUCUUUUACUAUGUUAGGUUUAUAAGUAAGGGAUUUGACUUAAAAAAAUGCCAUCUCUAGCAAUUCAGUUUUCAUCCUUAUACUCACAUUUUUAUAAUGUACGUGGGUAAAUACACAUAAUAUAUUUUUAAGGUUCAGUACUCAAAUUGUAAGGCUUAACAAGGCAGUACUGCUCUUUGAAUAAAAUCAAUAAUUUUUAACAUAUAUUAUAUGUAUUUACUGGUGUACACAUGAAUCAAAGGUGUAAGUUGACACGACUGAAAUGUUGGAGGUUUCAUUUGAAUUGCAUCACAUAUAAAACUUGUCAUCGAGUCAGGUAGCUGCUCCAUAAAAUGUGUUCAUUUUUUGUAGGUUAGUUUAUUAUAAUGUAGGUUCGCUUCCAUCUUAGUCAAAACGAUGUGGUUUAACCAUUAGCAAAGAAAUUAAUUAUUCUCGUUGAUAUUUUGAUUGAAUUUUAUAGUUUUUAGCUAAAAAAAAUAUUUUAAGAUGUUUAGGCCUAUAUAUAUGUUUGGAAACAAUCCUAAAAUAUACACAAUGUUUUGUCUGAUUGGUCCGAGGUAAUCUUAAAAAAUUGUUAAGGGAAAUAAGCCAAAUAUUCUUUGGUGCUUAACUUUCAAAUUCAUUCAUAAAAUAUAAUUUAGAAGACAGGUGUACUUUAUCAUAUUUUGAUAGAGCAAAACUUAGACGAAUGAAAAUAUUUUUUUUUGUCCAUAGUUAAGUUCUCAUAAAAGGUUUAAGAGUUUACUAUGAGACAUUUAUAUUGAAUUGAAAACUGUUGUAAUAUUGUAAAACUAAGAGCUUUAUAAAGAUUUAUAUUAUUGAUUUAUUUGUAUAAAACAACAAAUAAGUGUUAUACCUUAUGUUGACAAAUAUACAUAAUACAUAGAAGAUAUGAUAAAACAAAUAAUUAUAUGUUAAAGGUAAAAAAGAACAAAUACAACUUUUGUUUUAAGGUAGAUGUAUUAGUUAUGUUAAAGUUUUAUUAUUUUGUUAGAUUUUUUAGCAAGUUAUUUGCAUCAUAAUACAUUUAUUUUAUUUUAAGAUUGAAAUAUAUUUACUCAUUUGUUUUGGUUUAAGUUAAGGUUACCAAAUUUGGUUCCCGUUUUAAAAACAUGUAUAAGACAUUAUAUAUUUUUAUUUGUAUUUGUUAGUUUUAUAAAACAAUAAAAUAAUUUUUCCCACAAAGUUCAUACACUUUAUAAUCACACACCAUUCUAUUCUUGUGUGAGAAUAAAAAUUCCAGCAGAUAUUACGUUCUGUUACAGUUUUAAGUGGGACUUGAUUUGAAAUUAAAAUAAAAUAAAAGCACAACAGUAGUUGUGAAAAAUUUAGGGGUCAAAAUAAUUUUCCACAGCAAGGAAAAACAUAUUUGGUUAAAUAUACAAGUUAAAGACAGUUAUCUUUAACUUUAUACAAAUAGUCUUUAUUCAUGCUCAUUUUACUUUUUCCUUACCCUGAUGUUGAUGGUCCAAGCAAUUCACUAAUGUUGCUAUUGUAGGGCUCAAUGUCUAUAAGCAUCGUGUGAUAUGCAAAUGGAAAUCACAUUCUACAUCUCAAUUUGUAAUUAAUUGUGUUGUUGACUUGGUUAGGGUUAUGGGGUUAUACUUUAGUUUGUAUUUUUACCAGUUAUUUUCGUGCCAUAUCACAUCACAUUAUCAACUGAUAGAUAUUAAUUUAUGUUUAUAGUUUGGUAACCAGUAGAUUUAUUUUUUUAGUCAUUGUUAUAUUUUAUUGUAUAAAAUGUUUUUUUAUUCAUUUGUUAACUAACCAAAACUAAUUUUUAUUGUUUUAAAAUAUCGGAGAAACAAAAUUGUAAAUAAAGGCUAUAGAAAAAAAUUGGGUAACAUGCCUUAUUCAAUAAAAAUUGAUUUUGUUGGAAUUUUUGUAACAAAUGAAAUAUAUAUUUCUCCCUAUCAGGUUCAUCAAUAACCUACAUAUUAUUCAAUUAAUUUUUUAUUUAAAUGGCACUGAAUCAUCAAGUGAUUUUGAUUCAACUAAUUGUAAGGUACACAAUCUAGUAAAGCUGGUUUUAACUUUAACUUAAUUAAUAUUUUUAAUUUAUUUUUUACACACGUUACGCCAAUAGUCGUUAUUUAAACUUCAUUUUCCAUGUAGUGGUACCUACAAAUGAUGAUAACAACAAAAAUGAUGAAUAACUAAAAUCCAUUGUGAUUUUUUGUGUCAACUGCAUCAUCAUCCUAGCCAUUGAUCAUGCCUUUUCAAAGUUAAGGUGAACCGACACGGUUUGACACAGUUGAUGCUGAAAACCACUAUAGAUUCUAAUGACAUAGGCCGUAAAACCCUCUAUGAGUAAAAGAGGAAGACCAAUAUAUUGCAGGAUUAGAGUGUUGUUUUAUUUUAUUGUAUUUCAUGCUAUUUGGUUUAUUCGUGACUUUAAUAGUAAUAAGACAUUUAAGGUAUCUGUAUCUAACAAAUCCAGGCAGCUCAAACUAGCUCGUAGAAAAAAGAAACGCUGUUUUAGACUCAUUAGUCAACAAACAAAAUUUCUUUUAAUAAUUUUGUUCCAAAAAAUAUAGAAACACGUCAGAUUUCUAGUGAUAGAAUUGCAAAAUAAACUUGUGUUUACAUAAAAAUUUUCAUGUGAUUUUUAAGGAAUUAUUUAAUAACUCAUAUGAAUUUUGUGAAACUACAUGAGGCAUCUGACAGGAAGAAAACCUUGGAUAUGAGAUAUUGCUAUAAGUAACUUAAGGCAAAUCACUCUUUAUCAUAUUUCCUAUAUUUAGGGACUUACUACUUAAAACAAGUAAAUGUUGAACAGCGUCUUGUCAAAAUCUAGAGUUACAUUACAUAAACUUAAAGGAAUAAGAAGAAAUCAAGAUGGAUUAUAGUUAGUUAGUUUCGUUUUAACUAUCCUUGUACCGUUUGAUUAUUAGAAUCUGGUUAUAUUUUAGAAAGUUAUUAUAUAUCUAUGAUUAUGUCUUUCUCUUAGUUUAGUUUCAACAAAUUAGAUUCAUCACUUGCUAGGCGAUGAUUAUAAAUUUAUUUAAACGUUUUAGGCAUUUUUGAUUUUCUUGCAGCUCACGAAAAAGUUAGUAUUUGGUUUGUUGUUAUUAAAAGAUAGUUUGUUUGAUUUAUUUGUAGCAUUUAAUGAAAAAUGUUGUGAAGUGCCAUAGUUUAUACUCAAGAUUUUAGUUUUAUAUAUAUAUUUUUGCAUUGUGCAUCAAUUUAGAUUUUUUUGGCUCGAAAUGCAACAAUUUAAAGAGCUAUGUUGUUUUUGCACUAUAUUUAAAAGUUAUAUACAUGUUUUUGAAUAAAUAGAUCUAUUUUCAA